AUGGAUCUGUCGAAGGAAGAGGAGCGGCUAAUGAGAAGGAGGACACCCAGCGGCGGGGCGGCCCCCGGAGGGGCGGUGACCAAGAAAGUGGUCGAGGCCCCCAAGAUGGCGAUCCGCUCGCCCUCGGGCAGGGCCGACCGGGUGCGCGUCGAGCUGGUGACCCCCUCCAACCACGCCAACGUGCUGCGGUCGACCGAGGUCGAGCUCAACAAGGGCCGCAUACCAAUGCGUCGCCUCAUGGACGAGUGGUACAUGCGGAAGCCGAUCUGGGUCGACGCCGACCUGCCCGUGGGGCUCCACCCUGACGGCUUCAGCGACGUCGAGUUCGUGGGAAUCGACAAGGUGCGACUCAUCGACGAGCCCAGCAACAAGUGA